UUUAAAAUACAUUUAUAAGAAAUGAUUUCAAUAAAACACUUUAAAGCAACAAAUAUUUUAUUUAAACAAUUUAAAAUAUUAAGCCACCGUUUGCAUAGUGAAGUGCGAGUGCGUUUUGCACCAAGUCCAACAGGUCAAUUACAUUUGGGUGGAUUACGUACUGCACUUUAUAAUUAUCUUUUUGCUAAAAGUAAAAAGGGAAAAUUUUUGCUGCGUAUAGAAGACACAGAUCAGACGCGUUUAGUGUCUGGAGCAACUAAACUGCUUAUAGAUGAUCUCUUAUGGGCUGGUAUUAACAUAGAUGAAGGACCUAAUUUUGGUGGUAACUAUGGACCAUACAUACAAAGCGAACGUUUACAUAUCUAUAAAGAAAAUAUGCGGAAGUUAUUGGAAAAUGGAUCAGCUUACCAUUGUUUCUGCACUGAACGUCGUUUAGAGAUGCUGCGUAAGGAAGCUAUGCGUACACGACAAAUUCCACGUUAUGACAAUAAAUGUCGGCAUUUAAGUCCACAAAAAGUAAUGCAGUUAUUGGGGAAGGGCACACCAUCUUGUAUACGUUUUAAAUUAACAUCUCAUGAGGAUCCUCUACAAGAUCUCAUAUACGGACCAGUUCAGCAUAAUGUAAGCGAAAAUGAAGGUGAUCCAGUUAUUCUUAAAUCCGAUGAAUAUCCCACUUAUCAUUUUGCAAAUGUGGUUGAUGAUCAUUUGAUGGGCAUUACACAUGUUUUUCGUGGCGUUGAGUGGCAAAUUUCGACAACUAAGCAUUUAUUACUUUAUAAAGCUUUUGGCUGGCAGCCACCACAAUAUGGUCAUUUACCACUCUUGGUGAAUGCUGACGGUACCAAACUCAGUAAGCGUCAAGGUGAUAUUGGUAUAUUACAUUUUCGGAAUAAAGGCUAUUCACCAAUAGCUUUGUUGAACUAUAUAGUCUCCGCUGGAGGUGGGUUUACUCGUGAUCAAUUCGCUAAACCUCAAAUAUAUAACAUUGAUGAAUUGGCGGCACAAUUCAAUAUAGAAAAUGUUAAUUCGCAUCCUAGUCGUCUUAAUCCUGAAUUGCUUGACGCCUUUAAUCGUUUAGAGCUUAUUAGAUUGAUUAAUAAUGAAAGCACUCUACCAAUUUUAAUCGAUCAUGUUAAAAAUUUAAUCAAAGAAACUUACCCAAAUGAACAAAACCUAGACCUCAACACAGCGCACAUUGAGUACGUUUUACGUUGGUCCUCAAAACGUAUCACCUUUCUUAAGGAAUUAACUUCAGCAAAACUUAGUUUUCUAUGGGUUAAGCCGAGUAAUUUCAGUACCAAAGAUAUAAGUACGGCACAGAUUGAAAAACUACGCGAUGUAUUGCAGAGUUUAGAAUUCUCAAAGGAUAAUCUAAGUAACGCAAUUAAAUUAUUUGCAGUUAAAGAGGAACUAAAUUUCGCUUUACUUAUGAAAAAUUUACGUUCCAUUCUUAGUGGACUUAAGGAGGGCCCUGGAGUUGCGGAAAUGAUGGAUAUUUUGGGUAAGGAUGUCGUAGUGCAACGUUUGGAAAACAUGUUACAAAAUGAGCAAUUGCAAAAAACAAAAGCGAUUAGAUAAGUUAAGUCUUGCACAAAUAAAAAUUGUACAUAAU